AUGGAAAAGGAGGAUAGUGUAGAGGAGUACAAGAUUAUGGCGCCUACAUACCCAGACAGAAAUGCAUUUGAGUACGAGGAGAUGACUUCCGAUGUUGGCAUGUAUAAGAUACCGGUCAACAGGCCUGUUCGAAUAUACUGCGAUGGGGUGUACGAUCUGUUCCAUUAUGGGCAUGCCAGGAGCCUGAAGCAGGCAAAGAACCUCUUUCCGAAUGUUUACCUGCUGGUUGGUGUUACCGACGACGACAUAACAACAAGGCUCAAGGGAAACCUUGUUAUGAAUGAAAAAGAAAGGGCAGAGGGGCUUAUACACUGCAGAUAUGUUGACGAGGUUAUAACAAGUGCGCCGUGGGAGCUAACAUCAGAAUUCCUUCAAAAGCAUAGGAUAGACUUUGUUGCGCAUGACGACAUACCGUAUAAGGGAGAGGGCAAGGAAGACAUCUACAAGUUUGUGAAGGACAUGGGGAUGUUCAUACCGAUCAGAAGAACAAAAGGAAUCAGCACAAGCGGGAUAAUAACGAACAUCGUUCGGAACUACGACAUGUAUGUCAGGAGGAAUCUUGAAAGGGGGGUUUCUGCAAAGGACCUGAACAUAUCGUUUCUUCACAUGAAGAGAAUAAAGGUGAGCAAGAAGAUGAACGAGAUGAUCAAGAACGUCGAUAUUCAGAGGGAGAUUGACGAUAUAAGGAGAGAGAUACGGAUUGCAAUGAAGUACUGGGAGAGGGUGUCCAACGAGAUUAUUUCUGGCUUUAUAGAGAAUUUUUAUCACGGAAAUGCUUCCGGCAAGUUCAUUGAUCGCCUGGUGGAGUUUGUGAAGCUCAAGAGAAAGGCCGAGUAG